AUGUCCACCGGAAGUGGCAAAGCUAGCAGACAUAGCCACACCAUGGUGUGUCCCAGGGUCAGUGAACGCACCAAGGCGAGUCAGGAUCUCUGUGAGCAGGAUCGACUGCAGCUUAUCACAGAGAAGAGGAAGUGGCAGACAGAGGUUGAGAGCAGGAAGCGACAGCUGGAGGACGACAGGAGAACUCUGCAGCACCUGAAGUCAAAGGCUCUGAGGGAGCGAUGGCUUCUAGACGGAGCGCCCUCUGCUGGACCAGACCAGGAUAACGUCAAGAAACAACUGCAGCAGGACGAGGCCACGACCAGGAACCUGGAGGAGACCAUCAACAGGCUGGAACUGGAGCUGCUCGGUCUUCUGUGUCAGACUGAAACACAAACCACGAUGUCAACAGGAUCCAAUGAAGGUAAAAAUCUUAUCAUCAUCAUCAUCAUCACUCAAAAAAGUCCUCGAAUCAACAAAUCAAGAGAAACGACGGAAGAGAUGAAGAGAGCGAUGUACUCAGUGGAGAUUAAGGUCGAGCGAGACAGACAGACGGGGGAAAGCCGGGUCCUGUCCACUAACACCACACUUCCUGUUGACCUCUCGCAGCAAGGGGUCAAAGUUUAUGAGGACGAGCAGAAAGUCGUCCAUGAGAUGAACGGCGAGGACGGCGUCCACCUGCUUAGCUCCUCAGAAGUUGAUGAGCUCAUCCUCAAAGCAGACGAAGCUUUGAUGAUGUCACAGACUGUUUCCACGGUGACCUCGAUACCAAUAGUGGAGUACCAGGAGGAGGCGGAGCCAGAGCUGCCACAGCUCUCGGUGGAGAUCUCAGGGCUGGAGGCCCCACCCCCCACCGAGCCGAGUGUGGCCGACGCCAGCGCAGAGCACCCGGUCACCAUGGUGUUCAUGGGCUACCAGAGCGUGGAGGAGGAGUCUGAGAGCGUGAAGGUGCUCGGGCUGCAGGGGGCGGUGACGGCCGAGCUCGUGGUCAUCCACGACACCGAAGGCCAAACGUCCCCGCAUUCCCCUGCCGCCCCCCCCCCCCUGACCUCCGCCUCCCCCCCCCUGACCUCCGCCAGACCUCCAGCGGCGACGCCAGCCGACAGCAGGGGGUCGGCGGGGGGGGCCGAGGGAGGAGCGUUGGCCUCACAGAAGGAGAAGCCAGAGUGCAAGUGCUGCAGCAUCAUGUGA